UCUGACACGCAUCGCUCUCGUAGCGAAGUUGGAGUACAGUUGAGUGCGAUACGUGUUAGAGUGAGGAUAUUGCGAAGCAUUUUGGAAAUAUGUUGCUAAUCGCGAUUCGUAAAGUCAAAAAACGCGGAUUGAAGAAUGGCUAAAUGAAGCUAAAUUUAUGUCUCAUCACAGUUUAAAUAGUUACCAAAAGAAUUUAAAUUGAAACAAAAUGACAAAACAAGAGGCUGAUCUUACGACAAAUAUGACAGAACUUGCGCGACAGUGGAAUUUUCGCGUCAAGGCAGAUACAUUGCCCGGAGAAUCAGUUUGUGUGGUUGGAAAUUGUGAACAGUUGGGCAAUUGGAAAAGCAGCCAAGCUGUCCAGCUUACUAAAGUAUUGGAUUCGGGGGACGGGUGCACGUGGUCUGGUGUUGUCGAUAUACCAUUGCAAGCAGUUGAAUACCGUUAUUUUAUAUGUGUUGUAAUUGAGCCAGAUGUGGCAAUCUCUCAUGAGAAAAGAGUAAUAAUUCGACGCUGGGAGACUCAUUGGCAACCUCGCAUUAUUCCAAAGAAUGUGACUUCAAAUGUUGAGACACAAGUGGAGGAUGAAACUUUUGGUUUCCAUGAUGAUUAUUCAAUGGUUGAUAGAGGUUGGCUGACAAGCGAAACUGUGAUUCAGUUUAAAAUCUUCAACAGUGCAUUACAGUUCUGCAGAAGGAAAUAUCUAGAUAAAAAGGCUUACAUCAAAAUCACACCUGUAAUCAUUUCAAUGCCACCAGUCGCAAAUUCCGCAUCAUUCAGUGACAGUCUUGAUGAGAGUAUGGAUACACAUGAGAAUGGCCAGGAUAACAUAUGGCCAAUUACAGAAGUUGCUGUUAUGAAUGAAACUGAAUAUGAAUUCAAGCUCCAGGAGCAGUUUGGACGAGCAUACAAUCCUGAAGAAUUUGUAGUUUUUAGCAUAAACGUUCACAAUCCAAAAGAUGUGGCAUACUUGGUAGAUGUUUUUGCUCACAUGUCAUUGUCCGUCGAUGGAGAACCACCAAUGCAUAUAGGAUUUGGUUACAUUCUGCCAAAUGUUUUGUUGAGAAGCGAAGGGCGUGCUGUUGUUCCACUAACUGAUGCUAAUCGGCGCCCAGUUGGUGAAUUAAAAGUUGACUUCCUCGUUGUAGAACCAAUCAAGCAGUAUGACUGUAACAUGAGUGUUUCAUACUCUCGUUUCUGGAAGAAGUCGUGGUUAGGCUUGGAUGUUGGUCAUCGAGGACUUGGAACAUCAUUUAAAUUAGAAAUGCAGACCUGUGCUGAUAUCCGUGAGAAUACAAUAGCAUCACUGAAGACUGCUGCAUCACAUGGAGCUGAUUUUGUUGAAUUUGAUGUCCAGUUAACAAAAGAUGGUGUUCCAGUAAUCUACCAUGACUUCCAUGUCUGUAUUGCAAUGAAAAAGAAGAAGCAUUUGGAACAGCAUGAUAUGCUUCAGUUACCAGUCAAAGAUCUUACAUUGGAGCAGCUCCGUAUGCUAAAGGUGUAUCAUCUAGAAGAAGGGAAGAACAGGAAUCCCAGAUUUUUUGAUGAUGAUUUGGAAGAACAUCAGCCUUUCCCAACUCUUCAAGAAGCAUUAGAGAUAAUAGAUCCACAUGUGGGCUUCAAUGUUGAAAUUAAAUGGACAAUGGAACUUAAGGAUGGAACAUACGAGCUUGUUGAUCCAUUUGAUCUCAACAUGUAUCUCGAUACUGUGCUCAAAGUAAUUCUGCAACACGGUGGAAGCCGCAAGAUUGUGUUUUCGUGCUUCCACCCAGAUAUAUGCACAAUGAUACGGCUCAAGCAGAAUUUGUAUCCCGUCAUGUUCCUUACUCAGGGGAUAACAGCGAAGUAUCCACCAUAUCGUGACAUGAGGACUUGGAAUAUACCAAUGGCAGUAUAUUAUGCCCUGUCUGCUGGUAUAUUGGGUAUAAACGUACAUACUGAGGACAUAUUGAGGGAUCCAUCACAAAUAAAAUUGGUAACUGAUGCGGGAUUAAUAAUUUUCUGUUGGGGUGAGGAUAACAAUGAUACUGCCACUAUUAAACAUCUGAAGAGCCUUGGACUUCAUGCUAUAAUUUAUGAUAAAAUUGAUAAGUUUGGCACAAAAGAAGUAAAGGAGAGCAUAUUCCUUGUGGAAGCUAGAGAAGGGCAGAAAAAUUUAUUGCAGAUUGCACAAGAAGUGGAUAAAAAGCAGUCCUCUGAUAACAGUCCAUUGAUGCACGCCUCUGUCACACCUGCUGCAGAUUACCAGCUGCACAUUUCUACAAACUGCACUCCUCUAAAUGAUGAUCCUCUUUCAACCUCAGCAGUGCUUAUGAAAAAUUUGGGGUCGUCUAUGGAUGUCUCUGAACCUCUUACUAGUAUAAAGUCAAGCUGAUGUUAACAUGUUGAGUAGGCAAUACAAUUGACACCAAAAUAAUUUAACCACAUGCCGUAAUUAUGGUGCAAGAGGAAAAAUAUUUAUUUUACUAGGGACAGUGACUGGAAAUGUUAAGAGAAGCCUCUUAGUUUUGUUUCAUAAGCAAUAAUUUAGUAUUCAGAAUCUGAGUGAUCUCUAAUGUAAUUUAACUUAUUACUCAAGCCAGUGAUCUGACUUGAAAAUUAUUAUAUGACCUCAUAUUCAUUGCAUAAUUGUUUGAAGUCAAUACGUUUAAGAUGCCAUUCUUGAAUUAAUUCACCACAAAUACAUCAUUACAAUUUCUAUUUGAAAAGUUUCUUUUUCUAUUCCACACAAUAAUAAUUAACUCAUAGUUGUAGAAAGAACUACGUACGUUGUAGUUUGGGAUUCUGACUAUUAAAUAAUUGUCUGGUGUGUGUUUGACUUUCAGUAGAUCGUAAACAUAGCAUACAUGCUUCUUUGAAUAUAUGUCUGUAAACAAUAUUGCAAUAAUCUUUGCUGUAGGUGGAUUGCCUUGUCAACUGAAGGCCUCACUUUUGUGGAUAUAGUCUCCAAAUGCAAACAAACACCCUGUGUUUAGAAUUUCAUGACAUCAUAUAAAGUUGAAACCUGAAAGCAUUGAAAAAAAAUAAUUUUACUUAAAUAAACAUAUACCUGUAACCAGUCACUUUUAUUGAUCUUUCACUAUCAUUUUGGAGGAUUACACCUCCGUCACCAGAUGAAACUACUUAAAUUAACAAAACAUGUUGCUCACUCUGACAGCAAAGACAAAAUAUGGCCCAAAAAUAUUAGUGCUUCGAUCAGAGUUAAAAAUUGUAAAAUACUUUUAAUACUACACACACCAUAAAGAUUGUCUAUUUGGAGGUAAAUAAUGUAAAGAACUCUGAACAUAGUGGCAAAUGAUACUGCCAACAGACACCGUAAAAGUUGUUUACUAGGAGGUAAUCAAUGUAAAUAACUUAAAAUAUCCAGGGUAGAAGAAUGACAAUAUUAUGAAAAGGAUAGAUUGCUACUCACCCUAUAGCAGAGAUGUUGAGUCACAGGCAGGCACAACAAACAGACUACUAAAUGUGUAAGCUUUUGGCCAGAAGGCCUUUUGAAAUAGACAACACACACACACUCACACACUCACACACACACACACACACACACACACACACACACACACACACACACACACACACGACCACUGUCUCUGACUGCAGGGGCCAGAGUGCAAGCAACUGCGUGUGACUGGAGUAGUAGUCUGGGUGGUGGUGGUAGCUAGGAUGGGGAGGGAUAGGGAGAGCAGGGUACGUACCAGGCCCAACAGCCAGAGACAGUGGUCAAGUGUGUGUGUGAGCUGCAUUUAUGUGAAUGUGUGUGUGUUUGUUGUGUAUUUCGGAAGAAGGCCUUUUGCCCGAAAGCUUACAUGGUUAUAAGUCUUUUUGUUGUUCCUGUCUGUGACUCAACGUCUCUGCUGUAUGGUGAGUAGCAAUCUAUCCUUUUCAUGAUAUCAAAAUAUGACGAAUGAUGUUGCCAACAAGGGGGGGGGGGGGGGAUGUAUCUAAAAAUUUUAUUGGAAUGGCGUGCAUGUAUAUUCAUGACUGUUGGCAGCAUAAUUAUAUUUGAAAUAUUUUUAAUGUGUUGGAGCUAUGUACUAAAAUAGUUUUUUUUUUGUCUUUUGCUACUAGACAAUCUCAAAAGUUUCCCAGAAUAAUCUUAUGUACAAAUUAUUAUUAUUAUUAUUAUUAUUAUUAUUAUUAUUAUUAUUAUUGUAAAUUCCCCUCUAUGAAAACAUGCAGUGGAAAGAUCAAUAAAUGUGACUUACAAAUAGCUACUGAAAUAUAUAAGUAACUAAAACCAACCACCCACAUACGCAUGGAUGCGCAUGCGAUAAGACUUCAAUUUUUUCCAUGUUCAUAUGUUAAAGCAGUCAAAAUUUGAAAAAAAAGAAAAAAGUAGAACACUUCAUAAUUUGAGUGUUACCACUUUCAAUAAGUGUUUAGUAUGCACUAACUGCCUAAAACCAAACAACAGGUGCUAACAACAUAGUUUUAUAUAUAAGCAUCUGCAUUAUACAAAUGCAAUUUCAUAUUCCCUGCUAUGCCAGUAGUACCACAUUACAAAAAUAAUUUAAGUAUACCAUUCAUUUAUACAUAAAUAUGUGGCUAUAGAAGAAGCAUUUGUAAUUUUUCAGUGACUUCAAUAGAAUGAAUAAGUCUAUAGUUAUUGAAAUAAACUAAUUACAUGCAUGAGACCACAUGGGUUACAAGUGGCAUAUUCAAGGAGAAGCACAUCAGGAAGCAUCACGUAGUAUCAAAAAAUUGGCUGAAGAAAAUUUGUCUGCUGCAGUUUGUCAAAUGUUGGGAGUUUGAAGACUCAUAUCAUAGUGAACUUAAAAAAAAAAUACACACACACACACACACACACACA